GGGAUACAGAUCUGACUAGAGAAUUCUCAACAGAACAAUCUCAAAUGGCAGAAAGACACUUAAGGAAAUGCUCAACAUCCUUAGUCACCAGGGAAAAGUGAGAGUUCCCACUCUUCCUCCUCCCCCUAAUGGAACAUGCUGAUCAGGGGCUGAGAUUAGAAUCUUACUUUGUUUGGAUUGUUGCAUCUGAAAUCUUCAAAUGUCCUAUUUACUGGCAUCAAGAAGCACAAGUGUAAUGAAAUUAAAGUGUGGGGCUGGAGAGAUGGUUCUGUUGUUAAGAGUAUGUCCUCUCCUGCAGAGGACCACGUUCGGUUCCCAGGAUCCACAUUCUGUUUGCUCUGUUCUGUGCCUGAGUUAAACCCUUUGCCAUCACUUCCCAGUUUGUGUCUUACUCCCCUUGUUGAAUUUGAACCCAAAAUAGGUUAUGAGGGUUAGAUGAGGUGUGUUUUUUUUUUUUUCCCCCAUGUGAAAAGUACUCGAAACCACACCCAGAGACAGCGCCUAGAGAGUGUCACCUCCGUAUUAGCUGUUUGUGUCUCCCUCUGGCGUUUAGUGACUAGCCACUGCACAGCCCUGCACAGGAUAGAAAGAGUGAAGAAAAACUGAAGGCGUGGAGUAAUCAUUGCUUCAGACACUGGCAGUUCCAGUUUCAAGUGGUUAGAGGCUGAGCCUUCAGGGUGGGGACUGCCUGAAAGUGCUGCUCAAACGUUAUUGCCCCAGGCCACGGGGCAAUAAGCUCUAAGAACAAUUACUUGUCAAGGCUGGUACUUGACUUUGUGAGGCUAGAAGAGAAUUCCUGAGACUGGGUAAAUUAUAAAGAAUGCAGAUUUUAUUUCUUACAGUGCUGGAGUCUGAGAAGUCCCUGGUCAAGUUCUGUUAGACAACCCUCUUACCUGGAUAAGACAGGGGGCAGAAGGCAAGAAAAGAGAGGGGCAGGUGGGGUGGGGGAGGGUGCAGGCUCCUUUGACCAGAACUAGUUUUCAUGGUAACCAACCCACUCUCUUGUCAACAAUCUCUGAGGGCAGAGCCUUCACGUCUUAGCCACCUCUUAUCAGCCACCCCCCCACAACAAUAUGCACAGACUUAGACUCCGGGGAACACAUUCAAGCCAUAGCAUCACUGUAUGAUUUUAUGAAGCCAAAAGACCAAUAACAUAGAUUUUAAAACUCUCCUAACCAGACUAGAAUAGUGAUUUCUCUUUCCUUUCAGUACCUAGUCACGCUGGCAAAGCACAGGACCAGAGGGACAACUCUGGCAAUUUCUUACUUACUCAUCCAGUACCCAUUGUCUAUACCCUCCUCAUGCAUAUCAACUACAAGUGGGGAGCUGGCUGAACAGAACCGGGCCCUUCAGCAUGGGCACUGAAUGGUUGUGAGGAUGCUCUUAAGCCUAACUGCUCAGCUCAGGAGACAACGGACACUGAUAGCAGCCUUCAUCCUCUUACAUGGCUUAAGCUGCUAAAAAGAAAAUCUUGAAACUGGGUAACUUAUGAAGACAACCCCAUAACACCCUUAUGCCUUGUUUGAAGAACAAAAAGAUGGUCCCCCCCCUCUGUGUGUAUAUCUGUUUCUCUCUUUCUCUACACACACACACACACACACACACACACACACACACACACACGCACACACGCACACACGCGCGCACACACGUGAGCACAUGUGCAGGUCAGACAAUAACUUGUAGGAGUCAGUUCUUCAACUGUGUGGGUUCUGGGGACUGAACCCAGGCAGUCAGACUUGGAGGCGGUCACCUUUAUGAACUGGCUGUCUCGAAGAUCAUUUUCUAAUGCAAGCAUAAUUGACUGACUAUCUACUCUGCAAUAAGUUUCAAGUUCGGAGCUGGGCACAGUGAAAAAAGCAGAACAUCUCACUGUCCUCGGUGAGACGAAAAUUUAGGGAAGAAGAAUGUGUUCUACAAGUACAGUGUAGUGACGGUGGUUGGGGCGAAGGAGAAUCAUGAAGUACGUAAGGAGCAGAGGGUCCCCGUGGUCUCUAGUAGUGUGAAUAGUUAGGGCAGGCUUUGAGGUGAGGUGACCAGAGAGCCCACCUCUGUAGCCGCCUGCUGGCCUCUCCCCACUGGGGCAGUCACAAAAUGCUCUACUCUUUGAGUGUAAAUCCAGGGAUUGGGGGUCAGGGGAGGAUUUUCUUUUCUGCUGUUUGUCGCACAGGAAAGAACAUCUUAUAAAGAUUGACUCAGGGUACAACGCUCUGCCCCAGUUCCCUCUCUUCAUUUACCAAGCACCUGCGGGUGACAGAGGCGUGGUUCUCCAGGGAGCUUAUCCUAGCUAGGAUGUAGGUACUCAUAACAUCCAGCCCCAAGCUUCAAGCAAGUGCGAGGGGUCCCAAGGCCAAAGAGGGAGUUCCCUGGACGAACUGUAAAGCCACUGUGCCAGCUCACACCCUACUAGUGGCAUGACAGGCUCCAGGAGGAACCAGAAGUAGUCUCUAGCCGGGAGGGGGGGUGCCGGGGGGGGGGAUCUGUGGUCAGUAGGCCACACGCUCAUCCCCAACUCCCUCCUCUGGAGCAGAUGCUUCAGCCCAAGCCUGACCUGGGCAGUUGGCAACCUCCCCGGUGUCCCCGGAAGGAAAAGAGGCAGUGUCCUGUCAGCAGCAGCCUCCCGUGCUGCCUGGAAGCUCCUUUGCCCCUGCAGCCAGGGUCCCUGAGUCCCGGGUCCAGCUCCGCCUCCAGCGCCGUCUCUCGGCUUGUGGCCCAGCUGAGGCUCCCUGGGUCAGGACUGAACAAAGGUCCAGACCCGCCCAACUCCUCUCGCUGUGCGUCCCAGAGCGCACGCGCCUGCAGGAACCGAGCACGUGCAGGACCGAGCUGCAGAGCGCCGGUAAUCUGAACCUGACAAAAUGUUUGCCAAAGCGACUCGGAAUUUCCUGAAAGAGGUUGACGCUGGAGGGGACCUGAUCUCAGUGUCACACUUGAAUGACUCUGAUAAGCUGCAACUGCUGAGUCUGGUGACCAAGAAGAAGAGGCACUGGUGCUGGCAGAGACCCAAGUACCAGUUUUUGUCUGUCACCCUGGGAGACGUUCUCACAGAGGGACAAUGUCUUAGUCCAGUGGUUGUGGAGUCAGACUUCGUGAAAUAUGAAAGCAAGUUCGAGAACCAUGUGAGUGGGAGCAUCGGGACGGUUGUGGGGAAGGUCAAGCUGAAUGUCGGCGCCAAAGGUCUGGUGGAGGGUCGCUCUUCGUUUGGAACCCUGCGGAAGCAGGAGGUGGACCUGCAGCAGCUCAUUCAGGAUGCGGUCGGGAGAGCGGUUAAUCUGGACAACCCGGUGCUACAGCAGGUGCUAGAGAGGAGGAACGAGGUCCUGUGUGUGCUGACACAGAAGAUUGUGACCACACGGAAGUGUGUGCUGUCUGAGCAUGUGCAGAUGGAGGAGAAGUGUGGGGGCUUGGUGGGGAUCCAGACCAAGAUCGUGCAGGUGUCAGCAAUGGAGGAUGGGACCGUCAUCAAGGAUACCAAUGUGGUGCUGGAGAUCCCCGCUGCCACCACCAUUGCCUGUGGCAUCAUCGAGCUGUAUGUGAAACAGGAUGGCCAGUUUGAAUUCUGUCUCCUCCAAGGGAAACAUGGUGGCUUUGAGCAUGAGAAGAAAGUUGACUCUGUCUACUUGGACCCCCUGGCCUACAGAGAAUUUGCAUUCCUGGACAUGCCAGAUGGGGGUCAAGAGAUCUCUUCCCAGGAUGGGCCAUUACAUGUUUUAAAACAAGCAACCGUGCACCUGGAGAGGAGCUUCCAUCCCUUUGCAGUGUUACCUGCAGAGCAGCAGAUGGCGCUGUUCUGCCUCCUGCAGACAGUCCUGUUUGAUGAGGAACUCCUUAAGGCCCUGGAGCAAGUGUGUGAUGAUAUGGCUGGUGGCCUCUGGUCCUCACAGGCUAUCUUGGCGAUGGAGGAGCUGACAGAUAGUCAGCAGCAGGACCUUACAGCCUUCCUGAAGCUGGUGGGGUGCAGGGUACAGGGUGAGCGUCCUGGCCCGCAGGAUGAGGUCAGCAACCAGAAGCUCUUUGCAACAGCCUACUUCCUGGUCAGUGCACUAGCAGAAAUGCCAGAUAAUGCCACAGUUCUUCUGGGGACUUGCUGUAAACUCCACAUUAUCCAUGUGCUGUGCCACCUGAUUACUGCAGUUCUCAGACUGAGUCAGAAGUUUCUUGUGCAGUGCACCAUGGUGAAAGAAGAAAUUCACAACUGGUCAAAGAGCAAAGAUUAAGUGUCUAUGGAGUACUCAACAAUAAAUGGGACAUCUUUAUUAUAUCUCUUCCCUGCAAGGCUCAGGGACCAAGGAUGAAGGAGGUGAAAAGACUUUAAGAGCCAGAGGUCAGGGAGGACCAGAAUGAAGCAGCUCUUCUGGACAUGACAGGACUGCUGCACUCAUGAACUCAAAGCAGCUGUGGCUGCCUGUACAAGACCUGUACAGGAUCAAGAGAGUCAACAUUCCAGCAUGGAGGACGGGACCCCAUAAACCUCUCUCUGUAGCUGAGAAGCCUUUGACAGCUGAAAGGUUCUGAGGGAGGCAGAGUCCAGGCCCCACACUAUGAAUAAAUGGAGGGCACAAAGUCAGGAAAGAGUGAGAGGUGGCUCUAGGAGGAGUUAGGGGGAGUAGUACUGGAGAGUGAAUAUAGUCAAAAUACAUUGUAUGCACACAUGAAAUCCUCAAUGAAUAAAAAAAUGCAUUACAAAGUUAAAAUCCAAAAAAGUAUGAGAUGAUUCGCUUAUAUGAAAAUAUGGGAAUGCAAACUAAGUUACAAUGACAGAAUGCAGAACAGCAGUUGCUUGAAGCAAGGUAGGAAGCAGGAGGGACGGAUACAAAGCAUUUCAGGGAACUCAGGGGUGGCAGUAAGUUUAUUAUCUCAGUUAUGCUAAUGGUGUCACAGAUGCAUAUAAACAGUCACGUUUAUAAAACUGUGUACUUCUAAAAUCAGUUUAUGAGUUACAUAAACUGCAUCUAUUUAUUUAGUAGAUUACAUAAUAAAGAAACAAGGGCUUGCCACCCAAAACAUAAGCUAGAAACCUGGUCCUCCUGCUCUCAUUUCAUUUCAACCCAUUAUCCUGGCUUUCCCAACCAAGACAACCUUUACUUUAGAUCUUGUAUUCAACUCCCUGUUUUCCUCAUGGACAUAGCUUUAAUUCCAUCUAUGUAAAUUAAAGAGAGAUAUAGUCACCUUAAAAUAAAAUAGUACCAUAAUAUAUGCACAUAAUGUUUUAGGAUUUAUUGUAUACUCAUUAAUGAAUUUCUGACUAUAUAUAUGUAAGAGCUAUUCUAGGAAGUGCCCAAGUUUUGGAACACAGGAACAUUCAAUUUUAGGAGACAUUACUAAACUUCCUUCCCACCAAUGUGCUAUGCCAAAUGUACUCUACCAGUACUGAAGUCAACAUAUUGUAGAUUCAUGUACAAAUUUUUCUAACUGAAUUGUGUAAAACAGCAUCUCACACUAUGAUUUUUAGUGUCUUCAGAUGUUUCCUGACCAAUGAUCUGUUUUGAUUUUUUUCAUGUGAUUGGAAACAGUGAUACAAUUUUAGAUAUUAUCUUUAUGAAUAAUCAAUUUUCAUCUAUUCUGUUAUAUACCAGUGUAAUGUACAUACUCAGGCCUCUUUCUGAGCCCUCUCUGACCAUGUUACCCAUUCCUAUGCCAACACCAUAUUAUGUAAACCCUGCACAUUAAUAAUUGUGAUGGUUAAUUCCAAUCUUCCCGUCAAUGAAAUCUAGAAUUACUUAGGAAACAGGACCCUGGUCAUGACAGUGGGAGAUUAGCUUGAUUAGUUUAUCUACUGUGGUGGCACCAUUUUCUGGACUGGAAUCUUGGAUUGUAUAAAUAGAAGGGAGCUGGGAGUAAGUUAUUACUGACUGUGGAUUCAGGGUGACCAGCUGCUCCAAGCUUUUCCUUUUUACCUCCACACUACAGUGGACUGAACCCUUGAACUGGGAGCCAGAAUAAACCCUUUCUACCUUAAAGACGCUUUGUCAGGGCAUUUUAUCACAGCCAAUAGAGAAAAAACUAAAAUGCUCCUAUUCCUGCUUUUCUGCCUCAAGAGUGUUCCGGCUAUUAAUCUCAUCAAGACUUUUGAUUCACAGACCUCUGAACCUGUAAAUGUGAAAAAAGUGGACAUUUCUAUAAUAUUCUAUUUAUUUAGAACAUCUUCAUAAUUGUUUUGUGUAGAGGACUUGAACUAUUUUGUUAGGUUCAUUCCCAAGCAUUAAGGUGACUCUACUAUAAAUCAUGUCUUAGUUAUGAUUUUAGUUGCUUGAUAUGACAAAACAAAUAAAAAGCCCUAAUGUAUACUAA